UAUUUUUGUCUCCACCCAACAGCCAAGGCUUUGUGGUGCCAUGAUGAAAGAAGUCCUGGAAGCUGUCCUGCUGUUGUUGCUGCUAUUCUCCACGCCACUUGUAAAGGCAAUCCGCUACAGCCCGCCAGGGAAGCCUGCAUUGACCAGAUGCCGUUCUCCCGAGAAAGAGACCUUUACCUGCUGGUGGGAACCUGGCUCUGAUGGGGGACUGCCCACCACCUACGCUCUGUACUAUCGCAAAGAAAACUCUGAGACAGUGCGUGAGUGUCCCGACUACUACACAGCUGGAGAGAACUCCUGCUUCUUUAACAAGAACGACACGUCCAUCUGGGUCAACUACAACAUCACUGUGGUGGCCACUAAUGCACUGGGCAGCACCUUCUCUGACCCUGUGGAUAUAGAUGUGGUCUACAUUGUCAUGCCUAAUCCUCCAGAAAACGUAACAGUGACUGUAAUGGAGGACAAGGGCUGGCCCUUCCUCCGGGUGUCAUGGGAACCACCACAUAAGGCAGACACCCGCUCUGGUUGGAUCACUCUCAUCUACGAGCUCCGCGUCAAGUUAGAGGAGGAAAAUGACUGGGAGAUGCACCUUGCAGGCCAGCAGAAGAUAUUUAACAUUUUCAGCCUGCGGUCAGGGGGUAGAUACCUGGUUCAGGUGCGCUGUAAGCCUGAUCAUGGCUUUUGGAGUGAAUGGAGUUCCACUUCCUACAUCAAAGUUCCUGACUGUAAGACAUCCACCAACAAUUAACUACAGUAUACUACACCUUCCAUCUAUAACAACAAUUUAUUUCAACAUUAAUUAAAGGAAUAGUUCAACAUUUUGGGAAAUACACUUAUCGCAAAACUUCAAUUAAAAGUUUAGUCUCAAUAAGACACCUAUCCCCUUAACUGUCCUAGAGUGGUUACAGAUUUUGACAUGUAAACACAGGUCUCAAUUAAGCCUUAAUUAAAUCAAUUAAGUUCACACGAUACACGAUUUUAAGACCGAUUUGCCAGUCGGUGAGCUCGGGGACCGUCAGGCUGUGAUUGUUGGGUAAAUCAGCGAUCUGUGUCGGCAGUCGUUAUGCAUGAAUUAGCCUACUCAAAGACGCAUCGAAAGGUGUCCCUGACACAUUGCAGACGCCAGCCAGAUAUCUAGCAUGCCAAAUAUCUGGAGGAGUCGGACGACUUUACAUCCACAUCCAGCCAAUGAGA